AUGAGUUUUUCGACAGCACCUUUGAUCGCAGAUUUAUUCUUGUUGGCCAUUUCAGCCAUUGGACGUCAAGAAGUACACGAUGGAACUGUUGGGGCAGACAACAUCAGCCCUAUUGACAUUAUGGUAUUCUUCCUAACGCUGGCAUACAUUGCCAUUUCAAUUGAUGCUUCUGGCCUCAUCAGAUGGCUCGCUUUUAAAGUGCUGCAGAAAGGUGGUAAAGUUGGACACUUGCUCUUCUUCUAUCUCUACACAUUCUUCUUCGCUUUGGGGACCUUCGUCGGAAACGAUCCAAUCAUUCUAUCUGGCACGGCUUUCCUGGCAUAUAUGACAAGAGUUUCUAGCAACAUCGAUCAUCCUAGAGCAUGGAUGUAUUCACAGUUCGCGAUUGCGAAUAUCGCUUCGGCUAUCCUGGUCUCAUCCAACCCAACGAAUCUGGUACUUGCAGGAGCCUUCCAGAUCAAAUUCAUUGUUUACACCGCAAACAUGAUUGUACCGGUCGUGGUCACUGCCAUAGUGCUAUUUCCGUUCUUAUUGUACGUGGUCUUUGCGAGCCCUCAACUCAUCCCGCUUUCCAUUGAGAUGGAGACACUAUCAGAGGAAGCCAAAAACAAGAAGCCGGUCAAUCCCAACAUUCCCCAAGCUAAGGGCAAGAAGGCCGGAGAAGAUGAAGAUGAGUCCUUGGAGAAUAAGGAGCUUGCACUUGCGGAAAUUAUGAAUCCUUUCUUGGAUAAGGGAGGUGCUACCUUUGGAGCAGUCGUGAUGGCAGUCGCACUCAUCACACUUCUGGGCAUCAACGCUGCCAGCUCAAUUAUCGGCGAGCACCCCGUCUUCUGGAUCACUCUGCCAGCUGCUUUCAUCAUGUUUUGUUGGGAUGUCGGUUUCGGAUGGAAACAUCGCAAAGAGACUCGCGACAUCGCGAAAAGAAGACAGGCCGAAUUCAAGCAAGCCCAAGAUGAGCGCGCCAACAGUGUGAGACAGAGUAAUGGCUUGUUCCAAACACCAGGUGCUUCAAGCUCCUUCGUUCAUGUAGUGCCGCCUACGCCGGAUGUCCCAGGCUCCGAAAAAAGUAUUCGAUCCAUGACGAACGCCAGCCCACCUGGAGAAGCUUCGAUGCAAGGCGGGCCAGCACAUCACAAAGCACGGCAAUAUUCGUCCUCCCAACUUUCGCUCACGCUACCGGAAACAAACUACUCGCAUACCAAGAAGCUAGACGCCGCUUUGGAUCGGGCAGUGGAUGAAGAGAAAGUCAGAUACACCGAGGACGACGAUAUGUAUGAGCAACACGAAACUUUCGUAUCCUUUGUCGCAUCUGAGUAUCGAUGGCUACAGGAGACAUUCCCCACCGUAAUGGCAGUCUUGAGUCAUUUGCCUUUCAAGCUUGUGCCGUUCGCACUUUCCAUGUUUGUGCUCAUCCAAGGCCUUGUUACCAAAGGUUGGGUACCUGUGUUUGCUUAUGGCUGGGACCAUUGGGUAACAAAGACCGGAACUGUUGGUGCCAUCGGUGGUAUGGGGUUCCUUGGCGUUGUUCUUUGCAACUUCGCCGGAACCAACAUUGGUACAACCAUCUUGCUUUCCCGAGUGAUCCAAGCUUGGCAGCAGAUUCAUAUCAACAACGGCAUACCCAUCACGGAUCGCACUUUCUGGGCGACUGUCUAUGCUAUGGCCUUAGGUGUUAACUAUGGAGCAUUCAGCACAGCAUUCAGUGCAUCGUUGGCCGGACUUCUAUGGCGAGACAUCUUGGCUCGCAAGCAUAUCCAUGUCAGACGGCUGGACUUUGCACGGGAGAACAUUCCCAUCAUCGCGACUUCUAUGGCCGUUGGCUGUGCGGUACUAAUUGGCGAGGUUUACAUCAUGAGAGACAAUUCUCCGUACAAACUUGGGUGA